CAUGGUGAAAUGUAGACGCCUCAUCCCAGGGAGAUUUCGCCGGGCUGCGGGUCCACCUCCUCGGCUGUGAACAUGCCUGCUGUGAUCCGGGAUAAAGAGGACUCUGAAUCCACUUCAGAGGACGAGCAAGAAGACCACCCCUGCAUCACGUGGAGCGGCCUCAGCAGGACCAUCCCAGUCCUUCUGUUUGUUCCAGAGGCGGUCGUGUCAAAAGAUGGCAAUAUUUCCUGCGUUGGAGAACGAUACAACAUGGCCUUUAAAAUAGUCCGGACGGAGAGCCGCCUGGUCCGAGGGAUCCUCACCAACCACGGAUUUCACGAGGUUCACCCAAACAGCAAUGACUUCAACCUCAUGUGGACAGGAUCUCACCUCAAGCCUUACAUCCUGCGCAGCCUUCAAGACUUCCAGAAGGUCAACCACUUCCCCAGGUCGUACGAGCUGACGAGGAAAGACUGCCUCUACAGGAACAUCCAGCGAAUGCAGCAGACGCACGGGUUCAAAAACUUCCACAUCGUCCCUCAGACCUUCGUGCUCCCCUCCGAGUACCAGGAGUUCUGCAAUUGUUUCGCCAAGGACAAAGGCCCGUGGAUCAUCAAGCCAGUAGCAUCUUCUCGAGGGCGGGGCAUCUACCUGGUCAGCAACCCGAAUCAGAUUCUGAUGGAUGAGAACAUCCUGGUGUCUCGCUACAUUAACAACCCGCUGCUCAUAGACGAAUUCAAAUUCGACAUGCGUCUGUACGUGUUGGUGACGUCCUACGAUCCUCUGCUCAUCUACGUGUACGAGGAGGGUCUGGCCAGGUUUGCCACGGUGAAGUACGACCGCACGUCCAAGAGCAUCAAGAACACGUUCAUGCACCUCACCAACUACAGCGUGAACAAGAAGAGCAGCGACUACGUCAGCUGCGAUGACCCCGAAGUGGAGGAUUAUGGGAACAAAUGGAGUAUGAGUGCAGUGCUGAGGUAUUUGAAGCAGGAGGGAAAGGACACCACAUUGCUGAUGAGACAAGUGGAGGAUCUGAUCAUCAAAGCCGUGCUGAGUGCCGAGCUGCAGAUCGCCGCCGCCUGCAAGACCUUUGUUCCUCACAAGACAAACUGCUUCGAGCUCUACGGUUUUGAUGUGCUCAUUGACUCCAACCUCAAGCCCUGGCUGCUGGAGGUGAACCUUUCCCCGUCCCUGGCCUGCGACGCUCCGUUGGACCUGAAGAUAAAGGCCAGCAUGAUUGCAGACAUGUUUUCACUUGUGGGCUUCGUGUGUCAGGACCCCCUGUCCAGGCUGCCGCGCUCCGACCGGGCCGCCCUGGAUCCCAACGCCAAGCCGCCGUCCGCUCAGAGAGCGCAGAAAGCCUUCUCUGCUCCGCCGGCCGCCGCACAGAGCAGAGCGCGACAGAGGCCCACAUCAGCCAACAACUCGGAGAGCGAGGGCGUGAAGGAGAAGCCGGGAGCGAAGCAGAACCAGGGAGACAGCACUCUGAGCCUGACGGCCGAGGAGAUCAAAGUGCUGAGGAGGAUAAAGGAGGAGUACGAGAGGCGGGGAGGCUUCAUCAGGAUUUUCCCCACCUCGGAUACAUGGGAGCUUUACGGUGGAUAUCUGGAGUCCAAGACAUCAAUGAACUCCAUGCUGGCAAACCGGCUUUUCCAUGGAAGGAAUGCGGCUGCGAACGGGAACGUGCAGCUGCAGGUGGACCCGGUCCACGGCUGCCAUGUGGUCCAGUACGAGAGGAAGCUGCUGUCCCUGGACGCGCGGAAGCGGAGACAGCGCCACCUGGCUCGCCGCUCGGCGGCGGCGGCGGCGGGAAAGAGAAAACCGGGGAAGGAAUCCAAGGCCUCCCCGGCCGAGAGCGGCAGCCGGGAGGGAGAGGAGGAAAAAGAGGAGGUGAAACGGCUUCUCCAGCCAGUGUCUCGCAAGGCUUUGGUAGCGGAGCAAAGAAAACAAGCGGCCACGCCACUGGAGCGCCGCCACAGCGAGGAUCUGUCCAGCUCCGAGGCAGCCUCGCUCAGCUCCAGGCCCCGAGUCAACCUGCUCAACAUCCUUCAGCAGGGCUGGGAGCUCAGUAAAGUGCAGGCCCGGAUCGCUUUCUCCUCUUACCUGCAGCGAGUCCAACAGAGGCUUUUAGCGGAGAGCAGAGACGACGCCGUCCCCGCAUGGCCGGACAAGGACAAUGACCAAAUGGAGCUGGUGAUUCGCUUCCUGAGGCGAGCAGCCAGUAACCUUCAGCAAGACAUCAAGGUGGUCUUGCCCAGUCGGCAGCUGCCUCUCCAGGACCGCAGACGCAUCCUGUCCCACCAGUUAGGAGAGUUCAUUCACUGCUAUAACAAGGAAACUGAGCAUAUGAUGAAAAAACAGGAGAGCAGCAAGGAGGAGCAUUGCGUUAACCCCAGGGUUUUUCAGGAGUACAUCACAGCCGCAAGUGAAAACGACCUGGAGGAAGUGCUGACAUUCUAUACACAGAAGAAUAAGUCAGCCACCGUAUUCCUUGGAACGAAAGUCCAAAGUAUAAAGAAGCAGGUCCAUGAAGUUAAUCUGUCUGGAGAUUCAGACAGCUGUGAGAACGCCAAAUCUCCGCAUGUGGCCAGGGAGGAUUACAGCGCCUCGGAGUCCUCGCUCCCGGCGGGGAAGGUCAGCGGCGAGCGGGACGCCAAGGCCUCCGACGGCCGGCCUCCGGUCCACGAGGAGCCGCCUGGGAAAACCCCGCCGGGCGUCCCGGCGGCCCAGCACUGCUCCGGCUUCCCCCUGACUCUAGACUGCACGCACUUUCACCCGCAGCACUGCCCCGCUGCUCACCUGUCGCUGCCCCUUCACUGUCCCCCGCCGCCGCCGCCGUGUCCGCCCCCCCAGCCCCCCCAGCCCCCGUCCUACGUGCAGUCCUUGGCCAAGAGUCACUUCUGCCACUCCGAGAGUCUGUGCGACCCCCCGGCGUACUCCCCCGCCCCCGUGGUCACUCAGCCGCCGAGGGCGGCGCCCGGCGGCUCCAACGCCAUGACGGCGGCGCCGUCCACCCAGGUGCUCAGGAGGCUGCAGGCCUUCACCUCCACCAUAUCCGGCUCCGCGGCGUCCUCCUCAGUCCCAAGUGCCAGACACAUCUACAGCCAGAAGCUCUCCAGACCCACGUCCGCAGGUCAAGCGAACAAGAAGGGCAGUUCCAGUAAGCUGAAGUCAAACUCAGUCGGUGCUUUCAAGGAGUUAAACACUCUGUCCGCUCAGGCUCAGUCCAACCAGCAGGCCUUCAUCUCGGCGCUGCAGAAGCUGGCCGACCAGCAGGUCGCCCGGCGCUACGGCAGCUCCGGCCACAUCAACCUCCUCACGCAUCACUUGACCAACCUGAACCUGGCCAGCAGGAUGCUGGGCAGAGACAGUUUCACGCUGAACCCAAAAGCCGCUGCGACCCAGAGGCCAGUGAGAGCCAUCCACUCCGGGCCGGAGCCGCCAAGCAGCAGUGGCCACAGGCCUCCAAAUGAGGAGGAGGGUGUGUGGGACGGGCAGACGCAGAAUGCCUACACCCUGGUGACGGGCACGCAGCCCAGGCAGCGCUACCAGCCCACCGCAGGAAGCUACCAGCUCCAGCUCGCCAUCCAGCAGCUGCAGCAGCAGAGGCUUCAAUCUCAUCAGUGUGUGGACCAGAGCCACUGCAAACACCAGGCUCAGUUUCCACCCCAGCCCGGUGCUCCGCUUGCCCAGGGUCCCACGAAGUCGUCCAGCUACCCCCCGUCCGGCUUCCAUGUUUGGCCCACACACAACCAUGGCAACGGCCACAUCCGGACCUGCGGGAGCCCCGUCCUCGCUCCCAAGCCGCCCGCCGCUUCCAGAGAGGGACCGGCUAGGAAAACAGCAUCAAAGCGCCUCAUCAAGCAGACGUCCUCGGAGAGUUCAGCCAGCGGGGCCGUACCCAGCAGCCAGCCGGCGGCCUACGACACCGUCUGCGGUAAAACAGGACUUUCGGAGUUCCGCAAGCCGUUCCAAGCGAAGGAGCCCACCCACAGAUGACAGGAAGGCGAGCGGGGGCCCGCCGUGCCCCUCUGCAGGCCUGACAGGUGUCCCUGCAUGUAACCGCAUCUCACAGAGGUGUAUUCUGGGACGGGACAACAGAUAAAAGUAUGCCAAACAUCGGCCGGGGCCCUAUUAAUUUCUCUCUGAUCCAGCCACAGACAUGUGAGCGGGUGGUGUGCCAGGCCUGGAACGCCGGGCUUUGACGCAGGUCCGGAUUGUGUUGCCCCCUCCCCAAUACGCACCCCCCCCCCCUCCUCCACCAAAUUGCCCCCAAGGCUACAAUCAGUCUCUACCCCACCAGUUGCCCGCCCUCAUUCUCGUCGUGCUGCUAAUGCCGCAGCAGGAUUUCCCUGACAGAUCGCCUUCAGCAGAUGGCUCUCCGAGCGCCGCAGGAAUCGGUCCUUUAUUCUUCACUCAGGCGGCGGCACGUGCACCCACCAACAUGUAUGACCCCCCCCCCCAAACACACGAGAAGGGGAUUUUAGGGAAUAAGAGACGCCUGAUAAGUCUGACAUGCAUUGUUGAGCUUCUCACCGUACAGCUGAGGAUCUUCAGACGCUCCUUUCAUGUGUGGCGCCGGGCGUUAGGACUCCUGCCUUUGGAAGCCAAACACUUGCCAAAUCAGACUCUCUUCCCUGAACAUAAGGAUGUGUUGAAGUGUAGCAUCCUGUUGUUUUUUUUU